AUGAUGAAAAUUUUCGUGAUUCUGUCCGCUCUGGUGGCGAUUGCCGUCGCUAAGCCAGCCGUGGCCGUUGCCGCACCCCUAGUGGCCGCCCCCGCACCUAUAGUCACAGCCACCAGCUCCCAAUACUACCAUCGCAUCAACAACGGACUCGCCGCUUACGUCGCCGCCCCCGCCGCGUACGUAGCCCCCGCCGCCCCCGUCGUCGCUGCUUCCCCGUACGUUGCUGCGCCGUACGUCGCCGCCCCCGCGGCCGCCCCGUACGUUGCUGCGCCGUACGUCGCCGCACCCGCCGUUGCCUUCUAA